AUGAAGUUGGCCUUUGCGGCGCUGGCCUUUGUCGGCCUCGUUGCAGCCGGCACACCAGAGGAGGAACAUGCGGCUCUUCCUUCAUACAAAUACGGCGCCCCGAUUCACAUCCAGUGCAUGAACCGCAGCAUAGAAACCGGCGAGCACAUCGAACAAGACAACCACGAGAUGCAAUGGAUCGACUUUCCCGUGUGCCAGGAGACAGGCAAGCCGCUGCGCUUCCACUACGGCGUCGAGGGCGAAGUCAACUGCACCAUCCCCCUCGUCACCGAUCCCUUCUACCAUCUCCUCGAGUUCUAUAUUCACAGCGAUGCGCCGCUCUCGUGCCGCAUCCCCGCGCGCCCGCGAGGCCAUACGACCGUUAUUAACGAGCAGCCGCCGCCCCAAGAGUACAUCCCGCUCAUCUUUGCGCUCUCGGGCAAGCUCGAGCUUAGCCACAUGCACAUUAGCACGCAUCUCAACGUCCUGCUGCACUCGCUGCCAAAGCACCACCUGCACCACCACGACAGCGGUGCCCUCGAUUCGGCCAUUUCCUACAGCACGAGUCCGCUGGGCCACUUCAAGGAUAGCAAGUCGGUUAAACUCAAGAUUGGCGACCCGCUGCCGCUGUCCCUCUCGGUGCGCUGGUUCCCGACUCCUGCGCUGCCCAAAACGGAGGGCAAGGUCGAGUGGGCUGGUCUCGGUGGCCACAUAUACGCAAGUACCUUUUUCUACAGCAUUGUAUCGUUUGUCGCUGGUGGCCUUGUCAUGGGUAUGUACACCAUGGGCGUCGUGCUGCCGAGGCGUCUUAAGGGCCGCUCGCUGGGCGGUGCUACGCCAUUGGGUUACGGCCUCAAUAACGGCGUAGGCAACGGCUGGGGCUACUCCAAGAGAAUGGACUAG